GGUUCCCAUUGUGUGUACUGACGUGACACGUACGUAGUUAUACGUUGACUAAGACAGAAAAUGGCGCUUUACGCUCCUACAAGUCUUCAGAACGGUGAAAGUGGUUCCUGGUUUGCAGACACAUUCGGAUCUGGCCAAACAGCAUGAAAUAACCUGAAACAACUUGGCGCUGAAGCUGAAAAUAGUCCAAAGACAACUCUCCUUGAUAGGGCUGGUAUUGCUAAGAAAGUUGAUCCAGAUCGUACGGGAAGGAAAGACCAAUUGAUGACACAGGUGUUUAUUGCAAGUGUGAAUACGGAUUAGAAAGUGACAAACAAUGCUGAAGUUAUGCAUUGGGAACGUCGGUGCUUAAUGGCGACCAUCUGUAGGCAUACAUGUACACGCUGAAUGGGAUACGGCAACUCGAACGGUUGAACAACCAAGGCUGAUUUUGGAUCUGAGCUCUUUUAGGACCGGUAUCAUGGUACUCCGGACCAGUAUAAUCGAGGGCCUCCUCUUCCUCCUCGUCGUCAUCUACAUGGCGAAGGUAAUUGUGGUAAUGACGUACCUUGAUGCGUCGAAGGAAGCCCUCAUGGGACAACGUGAUUCUGCAGAGGUUAUCAGGGGCCAGGAGGGCGCCCUACAUGCCAAUCCGAAAGUACGAUCCAUCCUGCAGGACAGCGUGAAGAUGCCUGAAGUCCGCAUUGCAGAACCCGACAGUGCAGUCAUUCGCAAUGAGGAAGAGAAGAAACCGGACAUUCCCGAUGUGGAUGAUCAACAUAACCUGAUUGAAGAGGAGGGUGCCAUGGAGAAGGAAAAUGGUAAUAUCUCUGGUGACGUAGAGGACGAUAAAGACGUCGAUGAAGACAAUGACUUUGCAGGGAUGAAUGCCGAAUUGUUUUCAAAGGUUCUGAAAACGCAGUAUGAUCAUUCAACAAAAUGUUCCGAAGAGAAUUUGUUUCUGAUAUUGCUGAUCAAUUCCAAACCUGAGAACUUAGACUACCGGAUAAUGAUCCGGGAAACCUGGGCAAAUGCUCCUGACGCUGAGACACAAGGAGUGCUUGCUAUGUUUGUUUUAGGAAAACCACGAGAUCGACCAAGAUUAGAUGCUACAAUCUAUGAAGAAAACGAUCGUUAUGAUGAUAUCAUCUUGGGAGACUUCUAUGAGGAUUUCAGAAAUUCGUCCUUGAAAGUACUUACAGGUUUGAAGUGGGUGUCUUCACAUUGCUCCUCGGCGAAAUUUGUAUUUAUAGGAGAUGACCAUAUCUAUCUAAACAUGAACAGACUGGUCAAGUCUCUGCGAAUCCUCCAUGUUCAAGAAAACGACAAGAGUAUGUGGCGUGGGCGGAUUAGAAGUACCUCGAGAGCAAUCCGUGACAAAAACAGUCUGUACUAUGUAUCAGAGCGCCUGUACGAACGAUCAAUAUAUCCUCCAUUCUGCACCCUUGAUGCUGGCUUCGUUCUUUCUAUGUCUGCUGUUCAUGAGCUCUAUCGUGACUCCUUUGAUAGAUCUAUAGUACCAUUCGGAGAUGUCCUCAUAGGAAUCGUUGCUGAUGAAAUGAAAUGGAACGUUGUGGAGGAUAGUCUGUUCAACUACAGAGAUUAUGAAAGCAUUUGUGAAUUUGGUAAGGUCUUUACUUUGAGAGGGAUGUCGACACCUGAAAAAAUAAAAACUGUCUUUGACAAGAUAAGUAACGAGACGUUUCUGCGUGAAUGUCCAGAUCCAGACCUUGACCUUGUGUUGACGGGUCUCGCUGAUAAUGAACCUUACUUAAACACCGUCCUGCAGAUGGUUCACGACCACCCAAAAUAUUGUUACAAUGAUCAGGGUCAGGAGGACAAAAUAUUCAUCCUUAAUUUAGUGAGCUCUCUUCCACGUCAUUUUGAAGCCCGGCAGGCGAUUCGAGAAACGUGGGGUAGUCAGGAUGAGAUACUUGGUGAAAAGGUAAAGACUUUGUUUGUGAUGGGCCUAACACAGAGGGACACGGAAGAGAUUCAGAAGCAGGUUCAGAUAGAGGAUGACACCAAUGGCGACAUCAUCCAAGCAGAAUUCCAGGAGUCCUUCGGGAACCUCACCCUGAAGGUUGUCAUGGGGUUGAAGUGGGUUACUCAGAACUGUCCUCACGCCACAUACAUCUACAAAGGAGACGACGACAUGUUCGUCAAUUUCCCGAACAUCAUUAAUUAUCUGAAAAAGGAGCGAAGCAGUGGCAAAGCCUUUAAAAAGUACUUCAUGGGAUCGGUGCUUUUCAGGAGUGUCCGCAUCACCCGGAAAGACUCCAAGUAUUAUGUUAAUGAGAAGUUCUACAGCGGUCGUUAUUUCCCGCCGUACUGUUCGGGUGGUGGGUAUAUCAUAUCAACAGACGUAGUGCCCCCCAUGUACGAGCAAGCACUGAAGACCGCCUUUAUCCCGAUCGACGAUGCCUACCAAGGCAUCUUGGCAAAGAAGGUGGGGGUUGUCCCCCAGUAUAAUGGAGGAUUCAAAAACUGGGGUGAGAAGAGUGACACAUGUUCCCUGAGAAGAGAAGAACUGAUGACGAUUCAUGGGUUUAAGGACCCGGACGCCAUGCACGAAGUCUGGCGAAACUUCACAGACACUUCCGUGAAGUGUGGGCAUGAUCGGAGGUGAC